GUUUAUUAGUACCAUUUCCAGUUUCAUCAUAUAUAUUCAAGGAUCAAUGAUGGAAUCCACUUCCAUUCUUUCUUCUUCUUUCAUUACUUCUUUUCACCCAAAACAUAGCAGCCUCUAUCUUCAUCCAAAGAGAGCAUCAUCAUCAUCCACUAGAAUUUUUGCUUCAAGAAACGAAGCUCAUGACCAAAACUAUUAUAGUGGCAGGCUAGUGGAUGAAAGCAUGAUUGUUCUUCGGAAGAGAAUUCAUGAGAUGAAGAUGGUGGAGAGGAACUAUGAGCCACCGAGUGAUUGGAUGGAUUGGGAGAAGAGGUAUUACACGAGCUACGAUUCGACUAUAUGCGAAUUGAUGGGCUUCUUGCAAUCCCAGCUGAUGAAUACUAGGCCGAGCUUGGCUUUCGGAAUGAUGGCUCUAGUUAUUUUGAGUGUGCCAACAUCGAGUGCUGUGGUUUUGUUUCAUCUCAUUGAGUUUACCAAAAGUGUUUUGGCUGGGAUUUCAACUUAAGCUAGCUAAUGGUUUUUUUUUUUUUUAAUCUUCUGGAGAAUCAAGCUUGCUAGUGUUUGUCUGAGUAUUUGAAAGUUUUUUUUUUUUUUUUUUUUUUUUUUGAUAACAAAGCAGAAUGAAAUGUCUUUUCUUUUUCUUUUU